ACUUCUCUCUCCAAUUAUUUUAGUUUAUUAUUAUAUUUUCUCAAAAAAGAAAAUCAUCGGUUGGUGUUGAAAAAUUAAAAUUAAAACCGGGUGGGGGGGGGUGGGGGGACUGAGUUUUCUUAAAAGGCUUUAAGUAUGUUGAAAUGUGGCUUCCUUUGAAGCAGAGGAAGUCGCUGUCUUUUUUUUGUAGCCAAAGAAUAGAAUCAAUGUCUGGUUUGAUGUGUUCAGAGGUUUAGCAGAGAUUUUUGUUAAUGUUUAUUUGAGUGUUUUUUGUUUUGUUUAUUUUUUUUUCUUUUUUGUAUGGAUUUUGGAGUUGUGGGUUUAGAUGGGGGGGUGGUGGUGGUGGGUUCAUCAGACACAUCAGGUUUUUCUUCUCUUGCUGCUGCUGCUGCUUCUUCAGAUGCUGAAACAACCAAGCAGAAAUGGUACGAAUCUGUUUCUGGAUAUAUACACAAACAGGAGCGAUCUGCCAGUGUUGCUGCACCUCAAGAACAAGAUGAUGAUGGUGGUGGAGGUGGUGGUGCUGGUGAUGAUGAAGAUUUGAGAGCCUCUAAACUUCUUAAAACUUCUGAUCAUUUGUCGUCUUCUACUUCUUCUUCCACUAAAGGAUUCCUUUUUCCCCAUAGACAUUCUGCUACUUUACUCAGAUCUACUAAUUCUUCCCCUUUCUUCCUAUCUGAUUCUAAUCAGAAUCAUCAUCACCAAAUGCUCUGUUUUUCAUCUCCCAAAACAGAGUCUUUUCCUCUUGAUAAGACCUCUUCUCUUUCCGCUGUUUCCCCUAAUCUCUACCAUUCCUCUGCCCCUAGAAAUGCAGGCUGCAAUUAUGGAGGUUUGAACGGUGGAAGCAUGCACGGUAGCGCUUUUAUUGGUGUUAGAGCUCCAUUUACUCCAUCACAAUGGAUGGAGCUAGAACAACAGGCUUUGAUCUACAAAUACAUUACUGCUAAUGUCCCUGUUCCUUCUUAUUUGCUUAUUCCCAUCAGAAAAGCCAUUGAAUCUGCCGGCUUUUCGGCCUUUUCCGGCGGAUUUCUCCGACCUGGUGCCGUGGGAUGGGGAUCUUUCAAUAUGGGGUUUUCGAAUAGCAGUGAUCCUGAACCUGGAAGGUGCCGUCGGACUGACGGGAAGAAAUGGCGGUGCUCAAGAGACGCAGUUGCCGAUCAGAAAUACUGUGAACGGCAUAUGAACAGAGGCCGCCAUCGUUCAAGAAAGCCUGUGGAAGGCCAAGCCGGCCACUCCCACUCCGUUGCCGGAGCUUCCAAUAUUACUACCGCCACCGCCGCUACUAAGCUGAUUUCUUCUUCAGCUUCUACGGCGGCGGUGCCCUGCAACGGCUCCCCUAACAGCCUCUCCUUUGCUAACCAACACUUCAAAAACCUCCACCGCCCCGGAUCUCAUCCGCCUCCUUCCUCCGCCGCCGCUCAAAUCAACAGAAUGUUAAUAACGAACAAAGAGAAUGGUGGCAUUGGGUUGCUUGAUUCAGCAACAACAUCUGGUCUUUCUGUGCUGUCUCCUUCCAUUGACAUUAAACAAUCCAAGCAGCUUCCAUUUGCAAUUCAGAAACAGCAAAACCCUUUUGAAGAAUCUCCUAGAGUAGCUGAAUUUGGGCUUGUCUCUUCCGAUUUCCUCCUUGGCUCCUCACAAAAGUCCUCUUCUUUGAUGAACUACCGAGGUUUCAAUCCUUCAGAGGGCAUCGCUAGCACUCAAGAAUCAGCUGAAUCCCAUCACUCACUUCGACAAUUCUUCAACAAUUGGCCCAAGAAUCAAUCUGAUAGCUCUUCGGUUUCGUGGUCCAACUCAAAUCUCGAUCCUCAAUCUGAUAGGACCCAGUUAUCCAUAUCGAUCCCAAUGGCUACGUCGGAUUUCAGAUCCUCAACUUCAUCCCCAGCCAAUGAAAAACUCACUCUUUCGCCGUUGAAGUCUGCCCAAGAACUGGACCCUAUUCAAAUGGGAUUGGGUGUGGGGAAUGUGAUGGAUGAACCGAAUAGCAGGCAAGCAAAUUGGAUUCCCAUCUCAUGGGAGAGCUCCAUGGGCGGUCCGCUUGGAGAGGUUCUAAAUAGUACAAACAACAAUGGCGGGGAUUCAAAAAGCUCAUCGAUGCUCAACCUGAUGACCGAAGGGUGGGACAAUAGUCCGUCACUAGGCUCGUCACCUACUGGGGUACUGCAAAAGACGGCCUUUGGUUCUUUCUCAAACAGCAGCACAGGAAGCAGCCCAAGAACAGAGAACAACAAGACUCAUGAAGGAGGAGGAGGAGGAGGAGGCAGUAGCCAGUGCAGCGAUCGUUUUGUGAAUUCUUCUUCAUCUUUGCCUAGUGUUUGAGAAACAGGGAAGAAGAAGAAUUUAAACUAUAUGUUUGUAAUUGCUGCAAGACCUUCUAUAAUAGUUUGUUAAAAAAGUUCAUUUUCUGUUUGUGAAA